AGAGGCUCUCAAUGCACCGGCGGGCAAAGGCACGGUUCAGACGGGGCCCUCUGAACAGGAGCUUGAACACCAGAGAAGGUACCAUUUAUUAUAAAUGAUACCGAGGCUGCAACUAAUCUUCAUUUUCAUUAGAAAUACGGUCUUGAUUUUAUUUUCAAUUAACUGUUUAGAGCAUCUUCAGAAAAGUAUGAAAAAUGUCAUGAUGUCUCAACACCCAAGUGGAUGUCAGAUUGUUUUGUUUAUUCAAUCAACAGUCAAAACUUGAUUGAAAAAUGCAAAUAUAUUCAGUUAACAAUGAUUACCUCAUAAAGCUCACAUUUGAGAAGCUGAAUCCUGUGUGUUCAUAAAUGAUUGAAAUGAUUAAUCAAUUAAUCAGCUAAACCUUCCAGAGCUGAAUGACACUGUUACAGAUUUAACUCAGCUGUGGAGAAAGCCAAACAUAAAUAUGAAACAGCUUUUAACACCAGCAUCAGAACCAUCUGACGAUGUCUGUCCAGACUAGAGCGCCAGAGGCAGGACCAGCAGGAGAAAGAACGCCUGGAGAGGGAGAUGCAGACCUCUACUGCUCCUCCUGCUCCUCCUGCCCCACCGCCCGCUCCACCCGCCCCACCGGCCCCCCACCACCUCCACACCCACCACCUUCCUCAGGACCCUGCCCACCUGCCCCUCCACCACCUCCUCCUGGGGGCAUGGUCCCACCUGCACCACCCCCGCCACCUACUGGAGGAAGUGGAGGGGGAAAUGAUCUAUGUGCAGCUCUGUCAGGAGCCAAACUGCGUAAAACAGUCAAGGAGGAGGGAGGAGAAGCAGCAUCAUCCCCCAAACCAGCACCCUCAUCUGGUGGAGGUGGAGGAGGUGGUCUAAUGGGAGAGAUGAGCGCCAUCUUUGCUAGAAGGAGGAAAGCUGCUGAUAAUCCUGCUUCAAAAACGGUAGACCCUCACAAUGAGGAUUGUGACUCCUCAAUAUCAAAAUUCUCAGGAGCAGGAGAAAUUGAUGGAAAGGCCAAAGAAAAAUGUGGCAUUAAUCCAAGGCCCAAAUCCUUAGACAACAAUCAGAAAGACUCCAGCCCCAGCUCCUCCACCUCUACCUCCUCUAACUCCACCACUACCCCAGUGUCCAGGAUGAAGGUGGUGAAAACAAACUCUGAUGGUGCAGGAAAUGAUAGUAAUAUGGAAAGAAUCAAACAGGAAAUUCUUGAAGAAGUGAAAAAAGAACUUCAAAAAGUUAAGGAGGAGAUUAUCACAGCACUGAUCCAGGAGCUGCAAAAUGCUGGGCCAAAAGGUGAAGACUGAAGAUUCGAUCAAGAAAAUAAUGAAUAGAUGUGAAUGUGUUAUCAUGCAAUGUCUGGACAAUUUAUUUUACCUGAUGUAAAUUGGGCUAUUUUUUAUAUUCCUGACCAAUAUUGGAUUUUCGAAGCUAAUUUUGAUAUUUAAGGGUAACACAAAUCUGAUAAAGAGAUAUCGGUCAAUAAUCAUUUUUUUUAUAUGAACAUGUAACAUUCACAAACUUUUUUUGUAAGAAUUCCUCUUGUUGUUAAAGAAUUGUGGUUACAAUAUGUACUAAACAGGACAUAUUGCAUUUGAAAAAUAAACUUCCAGUGUUCUUUGGUGGACAAAUGUGA